UCAUUCGUUUGUUUAUGUGAGACACUACAUGCAGACAGGCAGCGUUCAACCUAUCCCAUCGUGUCCAUACAAAAUACAUGGUGUUUGUUGGUCUCAAAGACAGUUGUUACAAGGUGUUCAUACAAGUUCAAGUGCUUGUGUGUUCCAACGGCAGUUCCAACGAUGAUCGUUCCCCAAGGCAUGAUGAGAUUUACAUGCGUAUCUCUCCUGAUGUGGAUAGUAUCCGGAAAUACAGAACCAUAUUUAUGUCCAGACAGAUGCACGUGCAGUGCUUCGACUAUCACAUGUUCGGGUCUCACACUCUUCCCAGACAUCCGCUCCGAUUCUGCUGUUACUGUGACAAUCACCAGCUCUACCCUUCCACUACCAACCACCGCCUUCAGAACACUGCCAAAACUGACCCAGAUUAGUUUGGGUAAUGUGAACAUCACAAGAAUAGAAAGACGUGCCUUCAAGGAUAUAUCGGGAGGUACUGUGCUGCUGAAUAAUGUCUCCAUCUUGGCAAUUGAAGAGGAAGCAUUCUACAACUUGAAUAGAACAAGGGUUGAUAUUUCUAACUUUGAGAUGGACGUGCUGCCCUCCAGAACAUUUCACAAUGUGUCCUCAUCCUCCUUUACUUUAUCACAUGGACGAGUCACAACAGUCCAGUCACAAGCUUUCAGCAAUAUGGAUGUUUCAUUCCUUAAGAUACACAAUGUCAACAUCACGACCCUUCAGCCUCACGCCUUUCAGAAUGUCACAGCGUCCUACUUUUACAUUUAUAAUUCAAACAUCUCGACGAUCGGUUCAAACUCUUUCGGUAAUCUUACAGCAUCCUUCCUGAAUAUAUACAACGUAAGCAUCAUCUCUAUCCAACCUUAUGCCUUCAACAACAUGACUGUCUCUCAGGUGAAACUGUACAAUGCUAACAUCACCUCUAUCCAGCAAUAUGCCUUCAACAACAUGUCUGCAUCCCACAUGACAAUCAACAAUGCUUACAUUGACAGUCUUCAGUUUCGAGCUUUCAACAACGUGACUGUAUCACAUAUGAGUAUGUUCAAUGUUAAUAUCACCACUAUCCAGCCCUAUGCCUUUCAUAAUAUGACUGUCGCAUACAUGAACAUAUACAAUGCGACCAUCACUACCAUCCAACCCUAUGCCUUCAACAACAUGACUGUCUCUCACAUGAAACUGUACAAUGCAAACAUCACCACCAUCCAGUCUCAAGCCUUCAGCAAUCUCACCAUCUCAUUCCUCAACAUCUUCAGUGUCAACAUUACCACCAUCCAGCCACACGGCUUUGGAGAGAACUUAACUGCCUCCUUCUUCAACUUCUACAACAGCACCAUCACCACUCUCCACGACUACGCCUUUAACAACAAAAGCAGCGCCGUUGUUCGCGCAUUCGUGUACAACAUGGUCGUCACUGAAGGCGGGUGUCAAGCUCUAAACGGGGUAGGGAGGAUCAGGAACGUUACCUUUCUUAGAAAAUGUGGUGGUAUUGAUGAAACAAAUGAUGGUAGCAGACAGUGCCCAGACAGAUGCACGUGCAGUGCUUCGACUGUCACAUGUUCGGGUCUCACACUCUUCCCAGACAUCCGCUCCGAUUCUGCUGUUAGUGUGACAAUCACCAACUCUACCCUUCCACUACCAACCACCGCCUUCAGAACACUGCCAAAACUGACCCAGAUUAGUUUGGGUAAUGUGAACAUCACAAGAAUAGAAAGACGUGCCUUCAAGGAUAUAUCGGGAGGUGCUGUGCUGCUGAAUACUGUCUCCAUCUUGGCAAUUGAAGAGGAAGCAUUCUACAACUUGAAUAGAACAAGGGUGGUUAUUUCUAACUUUGAGGUGGACGUGCUGCCCUCCAGAACAUUUCACAAUGUGUCCUCAUCCUCCUUUUCUCUAUCACAUGGACGAGUCACAACAGUCCAGUCACAAGCCUUCAGCCGUAUGGAUGUUUCAUUCCUGAAGAUACACAAUGUCAACAUCACGACCCUUCAGCCUCACGCCUUUCAGAAUGUCACAGCAUCCUACUUUUACAUUUAUAAUUCAAACAUCGCGACGAUCGGUUCAAACUCUUUCGGUAACCUUACAGCAUCCUUCCUGAAUAUAUACAACGUAAGCAUCAUCUCUAUCCAACCUUAUGCCUUCAACAACAUGACAGUCUCUCACAUGAAACUGUACAAUGCUAACAUCACCUCUAUCCAGCAAUAUGCCUUCAACAACAUGUCUGCAUCCCACAUGACAAUCAACAAUGCUUACAUUGACAGUCUUCAGUUUCGAGCAUUCAACAACGUGACUGUAGCACAUAUGAGUAUGUUCAAUGUUAAUAUCACCACUAUCCAGCCCUAUGCCUUUCAUAAUAUGACUGUCGCACACAUGAACAUAUACAAUGCGACCAUCACUACCAUCCAACCGUAUGCCUUCAACAACAUGACUGUCUCUCACAUGAAACUGUACAAUGCUAACAUCACCACCAUCCAGUCUCAAGCCUUCAGCAAUCUCACCAUCUCAUUCCUCAACAUCUUCAGUGUCAACAUUACCACCAUCCAGCCACACGGCUUUGGAGAGAACUUAACUGCCUCCUUCUUCAACUUCUACAACAGCACCAUCACCACUCUCCACGACUACGCCUUUAACAACAAAAGCAGCGCCGUUGUUCGCGCAUUCGUGUACAACAUGGUCGUCACUGAAGGCGGGUGUCAAGCUCUAAACGGGGUAGGGAGGACCAGGAACGUUACCUUUCUUAGAAAAUGUAACAGCAGUUUAGAAGUGGAAGUCAUACCUCAAAAUGGUGGCAUUGCGCAAGUCACGUAUUUCUAUGACCUUGGAUUUUUCUUUACAUUAGUAACUGGUCUAUUGAUGUUGCAGUAGCUUCAAUACGUCAAGGUCAAGUCAAACACCCUCGUCUGUUGGUAGCUGAGCAGAUGAUGGACCCAAUGACCAGUGAAAUCAACCUCCUGUAGGUAUAUCAAACAAUGACUAAUUGCUGUCAAACAGUGUGUAAGAGUGGUCAUAUCUCAUUAGUUAUACAGUUCAUUAAGGCCUGCUUCUUCCACCACUGUCAAACCCUGUGGAGAAAAACUCUAAACCUUGGACACAAGCGUCUGAACAAGAAAGACCCACAAGUGAGUCUACCCGUGAAGAAUAGGUCGAAUAGGUCUCCAGCAACCCAUGCUUGCUGUAACAGGUGACUAUACUUGUCGUAAGAAGCGACUAACGGGAUCGGGUGGUCAGGCUCGCUGAGUUGGUUGAUGCAUGUCAUCGAAUCCCAUUUGAGUACAUCGAUACUCAUGAUGUCAAUCACUUGAUUUUCUGGUCUGGACUCGAUUAUUUACAGACCGCCGUCAUAUAGCUGGAAUAUUGCUGAGUUAAGCAAUAAACAAACAAACGAGUGAGGCAGUGGGUUAGAAGAGCUUAUGUUCUGGCACUGCGUCCCCAGCAUCUUGUCUAAAACACCAGAUGUUGACUACGUCGUGGACUUCAGAGAUUACAUCGUGAACCCAUGGGUUGAUUACGAAGCGAGAUUUCCCUUGCCGAAACCAAACUUUAGAGCUGCACCACCGAACCACAAAAUAAUCUACUUAGAAAUUAAAAACAGCCUUGCUCGACUAAAAGACCCUCUCCAACAAGGCACAUAAGACUCAACUCGAGUACCUGGAUGCUGUUGGCCACCUACCUCGCCUUUGGUCGACUGAGAAUGAACAACAUGAACAAACCAAGUUUACAAAGUGAACAACAUUAAUGCUUCAUGUACAGUAUAUUUAGGUAUGUUUUCUUGCAAAUGUACACUAUGCAACAUAAUAAAAUGAUAAUAGUCCUCCGUAGGAACGGUCAUUUGUACAACAUGAAAACGAAUAAGUUUAAUCUUCAAAUUGGACUUUUUUCAUUGACUGGAUUAUCCCAAUAGGAUUCUGAGGUAACAAUCAGUUUAUUGCUGUGCACUCAACUAUAAAUUGUGUUGUUUUAAUCUGUCUAACUAAUGGGUGUCUAACAAACGGGUGUCCAACUAAAGGGUGUCUAACUAAUGGGUGUAUAACUAAUGGGUGUCUAACUAAUGGGUGUAAAACUAAUGGAUGUCUAUAACUGAUGGGUGUCUAUAACUACUUGAUGUCUUACAAAUGGGUGUCCAACUAAAGUGUGUCCAACUAAUGGGUGUCUAAAUCAUGGGUGUCUAACUAAUGGGUGUAUAACUAAUGGAUGUCUAUAACUGAUGGGUGUCUUUAACUAAUUGGUGUCUAACAAAUGGGUGUCCAACCUAAGGGUGUCUAACUAAUGGGUGUCUAAAACAUGGGUGUCUUACUAAUGGGUGCAUAACUAAUGGAAAUCUAUAACUAAUUGGUGUCUAACUAAUGGGUGUCGAACUUAAGGGUGUCUAACUAAUGGGUGUCUAAAUCAUGGGUGUCCAACUAAUGGGUGCAUAACUAAUGGAAAUCUAUAACUUAUGGGUGUCCAACUAAUGGAUGUCUAUAUGUAAUGGGUAUCAAACUUAUGAGUGUCUAACUUAUGGGUGUCCAUGUAAUGAGAGUCUAACUAAUGGGUAUCACACUAAAGGGUGUCUAACUUGUGGAUGUCCAUGUAAUGAGAGUCUAACUAACGGGUAUCAAACUAUUGGGUGUCUAACUUAUGGGUGUCCAUGUAAUGAGAGUCUAACUAACGGGUAUCAAACUUAUGGGUGUCUAACUUAUGGAUGUCCAUGUAAUGAGAGUCUAACUAAUGGGUAUCAAACUUAAGGGUGUCUAACUUAUGGGUGUCCAUGUAAUGAGAGUCUAACUAAUGGGUAUCAAACUUAUGGGUGUCUAACUAACGGGUAUCAAACUUAAGGGUGUCUAACUUAUGGGUGUCCAUGUAAUGAGAGUCUAACUUAUGGGUGUCCAACUUAUGGGUGUCCAUGUAAUGAGAGUCUAACUAAUAGGUAUCACACUUAAGGGUGUCUAACUUAUGGGUGUCCAUGGAAUGAGAGUCUAACUUAUGGGUGUCCAACUUAUGGGUGUCCAUGUAAUGAGAGUCUAACUAAUGGGUGUCUAACUUAUGAGUGUCUAACUUAUGGGUGUCUAACUAAUUGAUGGAGGCCACCGUCAGAGUUUGUAGUAUCUCCAAUUGUUUCUGAGCCUCAUAAUGACACAUUGCAGGCUUCCGGUUCCUAUAUAUAAUCACAGCAGCCCAUGUAAACAGAGCCAUGUAAACAGAGCUCGAUAUGAAAUAAUAUAUUUCGCAUAACAUAUAUUAACAGGGCUAGUUUUAUUCACGAAGUAUAUUCUUUUCGCAAAACCCUUUAUACGGCGGUGGUAAAGGGGCGACAGGGAGAACUUAGUAAUUUAUCAGACACUGUUUUCGAAAAAAAUAUAUAAAUUGCAAGUAAUAAAAAUAAAACAUGUAUAUAAUAAAUAGAAAAUUAAAUGUGUUUUCUCAAAUACCACUUUUAUCUCAUCUCGUGAAGUGGGGAGAGUCUAAUAUUUUCACGAGUGACUGCGUCACUCGUGAAAAUAUGAGACUCUCCCCACUUCACUUGAUGAGAUAAAAGUGGUAUUUGAGAAAACACAUUAAAUAUCAUCAAUCUAUAGUAUAAUGGACGUACACAUGCUCAUUGGCACUUCACAAUGGUUCUGCAAAUUCAUAAAGUGAAGUACGACCAAGCCUCGCAAGAUCUUGUAUGGGCUGAUAAACAUCUUCACUGGCGCUUUCACCCUGUGGGCACUUUCAGGAUCGUUUCAUAUCGUUAAAUCAUGACAUUAACGUUUUGCAUUGUUUACAUAACUAGACAUAUUUACAACUGUAUUAAAUACUAUUAAUUGUUGGUUAUGUUCACGUUUGUUUCUGUUGUCAAAAUGUAUAUAUGAUGUUAUGAUAUGUAACCAGGUGAGCUUUCUUGAUGUGUCACGCCUUUCGCAGUUCGAGCAUUUUUGUCUUCAAGUUAGUUUUCGAGUAGUUUUUAUUACCCAGCAUUGAAUUUCUUUGUGGUAAUAAUAAAUAAACAUAACAACAAAAAAACAAUCAGCAUCUGUGGCUGACACAUUCAUUCACCCUUAUGUAGUCUCGUUUGUAUGCUAUCAUUACAAUAAAACAAUUAUUAAACGUU